AUGAGUGGCCAGUGUGUGGGGAAAGACUCCCUGGGAAGGAUGACCUCAGCAAAUACACCCACACACUCUGCUGAAGGACCCCAUGAAUGCCAAGAGUGUGGCAAAAGGUUCAGUUACAAGAGUAACCUCAGCAGACACACCCUUACACACACUGGUGAAAGACCUCAUGAAUGCCAAGAGUGUGGCAAAAGGUUCAGUAUAAAGAGUAACCUCAACACACACACCCUUACACACACUGGUGAAAGGCCUCAUGAGUGUGAGGUUUGUGGUGAGACAUUCAUUAGGAAGAGCCAGCUCAAAGUACACACUUAUAAACACACUGGUGAAAGGCCUCAUGAGUGUGAGGUUUGUGGUGACACAUUCAUUAGGAAGAGCCAUCUUAAAGUACACAUUUAUAAACACACUGGUGAAAGGCCUCAUGAAUGCCAAGAGUGUGGCCAAAGGUUCAGUAGGAAGAGUGACCUUAACAAACACACCCUUACACACACUGGUGAAAGGCCUCAUGAGUGUGAGGUUUGUGGUGACACAUUCGUUAGGAAGAGCCAUCUUAAAGUACACACUUAUAAACACACUGGUGAAAGGCCUCAUGAAUGCCAAGAGUGUGGUCAAAGGUUCAGUAGGAAGAGUGACCUCAACACACACACCCUUACACACCCUGGUGAAAGGCCUCAUGAGUGUGAGGUUUGUGGUGAGACAUUCAUUACGAAGAGCCAGCUCAAAGUACACACUUAUAAACACACUGGUGAAAGGCCUCAUGUGUGUCUGGAAUGUGGGAAAAGGUUCAAAGAGAAGCAAACCCUGGAGCGUCACACCUUCAGACACUCUGGCCUGAGAGAGUUCAAGUGUGAUGUGUGUGGGAAGCACUUCAAGAUGAAGAUGGACAUUGCCAAACACAUGAAGACCCACUUCUGAGGUGCCACGUUGUGCCUGUGGUUGAGAGAGAGAGAGAGAGAGAAAAUAUUUCAGCCACUCUUGCACUGUGCCUUAUCAGAAUCUCAUAAUAACCAGUUCAGAAAGAUCAAACAUUCACCUGUUAAGUGUGUGUGUGUGUGUGUGUGUGUGUGUGUGUGUGUGUAUUCACCUAGUUCUAUUCACCUAGUUGUGACAUACAGGAAAUCCCCGAUAUACGAAAGCUCGAUGUACGAAAAUUCGGAUAUACGAAAGUGAAAAAUAUAGGACAAUUUUCGGUUCACGAAAGACAUGCUUCGCAUAUACGAAAAGUACGACAGUUUCCGCGCCCACUGUUUCGUACCCGAUGUCUAUAUCGGUCGCCGCGCGCCGUCAACAGCCUCACGCACACUCGCAGUGAUUAGGCAGCAAGUGUCCAUGUCCAGUCCCCUCCACUUCAACGCUCAUCACUUAGCGUUGCCAGUUUGUGAACCCCUUGCUUCGACUCGAACAGUGUUGCCAAAUUAGCGGUUUUCCCGCUAAAUCUAGAGGUUUUGUUUGAAAUCUAGCGGGAAAAAUCUUAAAAUUGACAGGAGUAACUGGCGGAUUUUUAACUCCAAUCUAGCGGCAAAUUUUUAUGGUUUCACCUAUAAUCUGGCGGAUUUUUCUUGCCAUCCUAGCGGAUUUGUAAAUUUUGAGUUGGCAACACUGGACUCGAAUCCGAAACACAUCCCAGCCAGCGUGAGGAAACGUGAGGGUGAUGGAGGGGUUGGGGGGGGGCUUGGAGUGGUGCGGUGGUGUACUGUUUGGCACGUGUUUCGGGCACGAGAGUCGAAACUGGCCUUUCACAGCUUGGGAAGUAAACAUUGGCAAUGUUAAGUGAUGAGUUGUAGUGACGAGUUAGAGGGGAUUGUCCUAACAUAUGUAAUGCAUUUCUAUAACAGUAAAGGAACAGGAAAUGGUAA